GCCAACUGACGAUAAAUCUCACCGAAGAAGAAGACGACGCGAGACUCUUCCCCUCUCUCCCUUCCAGAAAAUUCAGCGUGACUGACGUUUCGUGUCUCUAUAGACUUAAAAAUGCGUUACGUGGCCGCUUACCUCCUGGCUGUGCUUGGUGGCAACACCAGCCCCUCCUCAAAGGACAUCAAGACCAUCCUGGGGAGUGUUGGAAUCGAGGCCGAAGCUGAGCGCCUAGACAAGGUUGUCAAAGAAUUAAAUGGAAAAGACAUCAAUGAAGUCAUGAACUCUGGCCUCUCUAAGUUGGCCUCCGUGCCAGCAGGUGGUGCUGUGGCAGCUCCUGCAGCUGGCGCUGCAGCUGGCACUGCUCCUGUUGCUGCGGAAGAGAAAAAGGAGGAGAAGAAAGAGGAAUCUGAAGAGGGAUCUGAUGACGACAUGGGAUUCGGCCUCUUUGAUUAAUUUUUCUUCCGUGAGAAGUGAAAAAACAAUAAAAUUUGAAAUUGUUACCAGAAA